AACAGAUAAGUCAUUGGCUAGUAUAGCCUGCAUCAUUUGCUGUUUCUCUCGGACAGUGUGCAUUGUAUGAAGUGGACAUGGAUAUCAAACUAGAACCCGUCCGUGACCCUAAAGACUUGCAUACUCAGAUAUUCAUUAACAAUGAGUUUGUGGAUUCCGUCAGCGGCAGACAUUUUCCCACCAUAAAUCCAGUGACGGGCAAAACGUUUUGUGACGUGUCCGAGGGUGAUAAGGAGGACAUAGACAAGGCCGUGAAUGCUGCCAAGGAAGCUUUCAAGUUAGGGUCACCAUGGAGACGGAUGGAUGCUAGCCAGAGAGGUCGACUUCUGUAUAAACUCGCAGAACUAUAUGAAAGAGACGCAAAGUUGAUUGCGAGUAUAGUCACGCUAGAGAUGGGGAAGCCGUUUCUACAGGCUUUCUAUGAAACAAUGUGGUCUGCAGCGAUUUUGCGUUAUUACGCGGGAUUCGCAGAUAAAGUCGGUGGUAAAACUAUCCCUGUAGAUGGAGACCAUUUUUGCUACACGCGACAUGAACCAGUCGGAGUGUGCGGACAUAUUAUUCCGUGGAACUACCCCGUGUCUAUGUUCACGUGGAAGGUGGGACCCGCCCUGGCGUGUGGGUGUACUGCUGUAGUAAAACCGGCGGAACAAACUCCCCUGGCAGCACUACAUUUGGCGGCACUAUGUAAAGAGGUCGGAUUCCCUCCUGGUGUUGUCAACGUUGUCCCUGGUUACGGACCCACGGCUGGUGCGGCUCUGACAGCGCAUCCGGAUGUGGACAAAGUCGCCUUCACAGGAUCCACCGAGGUUGGUAAGCUCAUUCUACAAGCUUCUGGUGCAACUAACAUCAAACGAACUUCUCUGGAACUCGGAGGGAAAAGCCCCAACGUCAUAAUGGAUGAUGCGGAUCUUGAUAUGGCUGUCAGAUUUGCUCAUGAAGCUGUAAUGGAAAAUGCCGGGCAGUGCUGUAUGGCUGGAAGUAGAACGUUUGUGCACGAAAAGAUAUACGACCAGUUUGUAGCCAAAAGUCGUGAAUUGGCAAAGGAGAGGCUAUCAAUGACGGGCGACCCAUUUGAUCUUAAAACAAAACAGGGUCCACAGGUAGACGAGGAUCAGUACAAAAAGAUCUUGGAGAUGAUUGAGUCCGGGAAGAAAGAUGGUGCUAAGCUUGAGAGCGGUGGUGCUGCAGUCGGAGGUGAUGGAUAUUUUAUCCAACCAACCGUUUUCUCCGGAGUGACAGACAACAUGAGAAUUGCGAAAGAGGAGAUUUUUGGUCCUGUCCAACAGAUCUUCAAGUUUAAAACUCUGGACGAAGCCAUAGAACGCGCGAAUUCUUCUCAAUACGGACUUGGUGCUGCCAUUUUUACCAAAAGUAUUGAGAACGCCAUGAUGUUUACACAGGGCAUUCGAGCGGGAACAGUUUGGGUGAAUCUUUAUCUUAUCUUAAGUCCCCAAGCGCCAUUCGGAGGAUUCAAAAUGUCCGGAUUAGGUCGAGAACUCGGUGAAUAUAGCAUGUCGCUGUACCAAGAGGUGAAAACGGUUAUUAUGAAAAUUCCUCAAAAGAAUUCGUGAUUUUUUCUGCAGUUAAACGUAACUCCAGUGAUGUAAAACAUCAGCUGUUUGCAUGACUUGUUCACGUCAAUGCUAUACACUGGUUGCUUUUUCGUUAUUGACUAAUAUAAUGCAUUCAAAUGAAACACACAUUUUGUAGUUUAUUCAUAUUUUGACCACAAAUCAAUAAAACCAGAAUUUCA